UUGUGUUGUGACGUCGGGGGCGUUCGUCUGAGGAGAACCUGUAACAGGAGAAAAAAAAGAAAUCCGCACAAGAUAUCUCGCGCUUUGCUCAGCGACUCCUGAAGGAACAGACUUACCGCGCGUGUACGAUCUCCAGCCCCUGCGCACAUGCGUUUAACUCGUGGUUUUCGAUGCACGAGGAUAGGAUUGUGAACCUGGAGGCUGCGCUUUUGUUUCGUUAGUUUUGUGUUCACGUUAAAGCGCUGCGAUCGAUCGAGUGAGAGCUGCACAGAAGUUUCCGCUCCUCUUCAGGAAUGUCCCAGAAGGAGAGACCCAUUUUCUACCGACAGGACCUCAACAAGACCAUAUGGGAGGUACCGGAGAGGUACAAGAGUUUGUCACCCGUGGGUUCCGGAGCUUAUGGAUCCGUAUGCUCGGCAUAUGACGCAAAGUCGGACCUGAAGAUCGCGGUCAAGAAGCUGUCCCGGCCGUUCCAGUCUAUCAUCCACGCCAAGCGCACGUACAGAGAACUGCGGCUGCUGAAGCACAUGAAACACGAGAAUGUAAUUGGCCUUCUUGAUGUUUUCACGCCCUCCACCAGCCUAGAAGAAUUCGAUGACGUGUAUCUGGUGACUCACCUGAUGGGUGCAGACCUCAACAAUAUCGUCAAGUGUCAGAAGUUGACGGACGACCAUGUGCAGUUCCUUAUUUACCAGAUCCUACGAGGAUUAAAGUACAUUCACUCAGCAGACAUCAUCCACAGAGAUCUUAAACCCAGUAACUUGGCUGUCAAUGAAGACUGUGAGCUUAAAAUUUUGGACUUUGGGCUUGCCCGGCUUACCGAUGACGAGAUGACUGGAUACGUGGCCACCCGGUGGUACCGCGCCCCUGAGAUCAUGCUCAACUGGAUGCACUACAACAUGACAGUGGACAUCUGGUCGGUGGGCUGCAUAAUGGCCGAGCUCCUUACAGGACGGACCCUGUUUCCCGGCACUGACCAUAUUGAUCAGUUGAAGCUGAUCAUGAUGCUCGUCGGGACUCCAGGGCCAGAGCUCUUGAUGAAAAUCUCUUCCGAGUCUGCGAGAAACUACAUCAACUCCUUACCACACAUGCCCAAGCGUAACUUCGCAGAUGUGUUUAUUGGUGCAAACCCAUUAGCUGUCGACCUGCUGGAGAAGAUGCUGGUUCUGGAUACAGAUAAACGGAUCACUGCGUCAGAAGCUCUCGCCCACAGCUACUUCGCACAGUACCACGACCCAGACGACGAGCCAGAGGCAGAACCCUACGACCAAAGCUUUGAGAGUCGCGAGCUGGAGAUCGAUGAGUGGAAACGUCUGACGUAUGAGGAGGUGGUCAGUUUCGAGCCUCCCGUGUUCGACGGGGACGAGAUGGAGUCGUGAGGGGCUGGUGGACUCUCUAGACUUUCAUCUGUAUGGGAAAUGACAUUUAAGUGCCUGCCAUCAUCAACUGCUGGCUUCCUGCGUUCUCUGAGGCUGCUUAUCCAUGCCUCUGUAUACUCACUGUCAAAUAAGGGAAAGAAAAACACACACAUGCCAACUUCUCUUAGCUUGAAUUGCAAAAAGGGGCACAGAAAUGAUUGCUUUGUGCUGCGUUUCCACUCCCAGCUUUUCUUUUCCCCAUAAAUGAACAAAAAAUUGGUUUCCGUGGCCAGAAUACUAAAUUGAUUUUCUGGAACUAAGUGUAUUCAAGUGUAUUCAGUUAAAACGAACCGACCAGAUUAUUAUCCUUUGGUUUAGAAUUCUAUCAAGCUAAACAUGUUCCUUUUAAUCUUUGCUUGUAGUCUCAUGUUAAAGGCCAUAUAAACUCAAGUACUGUCACAAAACUACGUUUGAGAUACAGUAUGUAAAUAAAAUGUCACAGGUGUAAAUAAUGACGUGCAACAGUUUUGCAGAGAAACACAGCAUCACAGAAUGUGACCUUUAUUAUAAAUAGCAAAGAAAUCAACUAAAUCCAAUCAGAUCCGGAGAAUGUUAUUAAUAUUAAGCUCUGUGUAGAAUCACAUGCGGUGAUCUCUGUCAUCGACGGGAAUAGUAAUAAAUAUUGCUUGGAAAUUAUGAAAUAUCUUGUAAAAUAUUAAGAGAAAAUCCCUUAAAUAGAGGUCAGACACGCUUAAAAGUAAUGUGUUGGGAUGUGUUUGCCAUUCCUCACAAUAUUUUUUCUUGGGGUUGAAUCUCACAAAACGUGUUAGUCAUACAUUUAGAAAAAAAGGGGAAAAAAACAUUUUUUCAAGAAUGGAUUGCAAAUGAAUAGCAAAUGAAAUAGAUUUUGUGUUCUCAAUGCAAAAUGAUAUUCGUUUCGUUACUUUGAUUUUUUUUUUUUAGACGUGACCUGUUCUUCACACGUUUUUGAGAUUCAUCCCGUAUCUGCCUGAUGUUUUUCUUAUUGAAAUGCACGCUGUUCUAAAGCAGCUGAUCCUCUAGCAAGACUAGAGUAUAGCUUCAUAUAAGCUUAAUUUAUUAUUUAUGGAAAUUUGUUGAAAAAGAAGUCAUGGUUUUAACAGGAAGUCCAUAUUAUCUGAACAGUUGUGUUAUGGUUCACAGUCAAACAGCUCCCCUCGUUUAUGGUUUACCUUUGAAAACAUGUUAAGUUUGUAAACCUUGACAGAACCUGAGCCAAUACUUCUGUUACAGGAGCAUGAUGAUCUUAUGUUAACAUCCCACACUAGGAAAUGUGUUUGUCAAUGAGAGCCGGCAUCUAACUUAUUGUAUCACUUUGGUUGUUUAAGAUUAUAUUAAGUGUCUUCUUUUCCACUGUAUAUUAUUACUAAAUUUUAUUCAGCUCUGUUUUUUGUGUUAAGCAUGUUUUAUGGGUGUGUUCCUGUUUGUAUACACAUAUACAGUUUUCGGAGUGGAAAAUCAACAAACGUGUCAAUCAGCAAAUAGAUAACAGUGCAGAGAAAGCCAUUCAGUGUGGUUUAUAUUCUGUUUUGUUGCAUGAGUUUUUUUUUCAUUGAAAAGAGUCACCAUACCACUCUUUUGUGCAAAUAACCAGUUUUUCAUCAUUCAUAAGUUAUGUGGUAUGUGGUCAACCACUGCUAUACAGAAAUAAAGGCAAUUAUUUUUCACAACA